AUGGACGGUAUCAAGCAGACCUUUGCGAAAUGCAAGCAAGAAGGGCGCUCUGCCUUGGUGGCAUAUGUCACUGCGGGGUACCCUCACCCCGAUGAGACGGUUGAUAUUGUACUGGGCAUGGAGGAGGGAGGCGCCGAUGUCAUCGAACUCGGCGUACCAUUCACAGACCCCAUCGCCGAUGGCCCUACGAUCCAGCGUGCGAAUACUCGGGCAUUGGAACAUGGCGUGACCAUGACCUCUGUGCUGAAGAUGGUGCGCACAGCUAGAGAUCGAGGACUGAGGGCACCCGUGCUCCUUAUGGGUUAUUAUAACCCGCUUUUGCGGUAUGGCGAGGAAAGGCUGCUAAAGGACGCGAAAGCUGCGGGUGUCAACGGCUUUAUUAUGGUUGACCUGCCACCAGAGGAAGCCGUUCGAUUUAGAGAUUUAUGCAAGAAGGAAGGACUUUCAUACGUUCCUUUGAUUGCGCCCGCCACCUCCGAUUCCCGCAUGAAGCUACUAUGUAAAAUUGCCGACUCGUUCAUCUACGUCGUGUCGAGGAUGGGCGUCACUGGCGCCACCGGUCGAUUGAGCUCGGGGUUGCCAGAACUUCUCUCCCGGGUCCACAGUUAUUCUGGCAACAUACCUGCUGCUGUAGGCUUCGGUGUUAGCACGAGGGAACACUUCUUGAGCGUACAGGAGAUUGCAGAGGGCGUUGUCAUUGGAAGCCAGAUGAUCACGGUGCUAGGGAACGCCCCUGCCGGACAAGGCGCUCAAAAGGUCAAGGAAUAUUGCACAAGUAUUACGGGAAGAACCGUUGACCGAAGCAAGCUUUCCGAACCUCUUACGCGCGAAGUCGGUCUCACCGAAGCCAUCACUGAAGCAGAAAAACCCACUGGAGUGCACGUCGACAGAGUCAUCAAGGAAGCUUCCACUUCGGGGCCAGGACUCGCAGACCAGCUUGAAGCUCUCAACGUCACUGGAGAUCCGGCUGCGAUACCAGCGCGUUUUGGUGAGUUUGGCGGACAAUACGUUCCGGAAUCACUAAUGGACUGUCUGGCGGAGUUGGAGGCUGGAUUCAACGAAGCCAACAACGAUCCCAAAUUCUGGGAAGAAUACCGCUCAUACUAUCCUUACAUGGGCAGACCUAGCAAUUUACACUUCGCCCAACGUUUAACCGAACACGCCGGUGGAGCUAAUAUUUACAUCAAACGUGAAGAUCUCAACCACACAGGAAGUCACAAGAUCAACAACGCGCUCGGCCAAGUGCUCCUUGCUCGCCGGAUUGGAAAGACGAGGAUUAUUGCCGAAACAGGGGCCGGUCAGCAUGGUGUGGCUACUGCGACUGUUUGUGCAAAGUUUGGCAUGGAGUGUGUUGUCUACAUGGGAGCCGAGGAUGUCCGACGUCAAGCACUUAAUGUUUUCCGGAUGAAGCUUCUCGGUGCAUCUGUUGUAGCUGUCGAAGCAGGGUCUCGGACGCUCCGUGAUGCCGUCAACGAAGCACUCCGCGCCUGGGUUGUUGAUCUACCAACGACGCAUUACGUUAUAGGCUCAGCAAUUGGUCCUCACCCUUUCCCCACCAUUGUGCGCACGUUCCAGUCGGUCAUCGGCGAAGAAACUAAGAAACAGAUGAAAGAACUAACCGGUCGACUCCCCGAUGCGGUGGUUGCUUGUGUUGGUGGAGGCAGCAAUGCUGUUGGCAUGUUCUACCCGUUCGCGAACGACCCCAGCGUCAAACUCCUCGGUGUUGAAGCGGGAGGCGACGGGGUCGAAUCAGGGAAGCACUCAGCGACGCUUUCAGGCGGAACCAAGGGCGUCCUCCACGGCGUCCGCACCUAUGUCCUGCAAGAUGAGCAUGGCCAGAUUUCCGAGACGCAUUCCAUCUCCGCUGGCCUUGAUUAUCCGGGCGUUGGACCGGAGUUGAGCUCCUGGAAAGAUAGCUCGAGAGCCGAGUUCAUUGCCGCCACGGAUGCGCAGGCUCUGAUUGGGUUCCGGACGAUUGCUCAGCUGGAAGGUAUUAUCCCGGCGCUGGAAUCGUCGCAUGCGGUGUAUGGAGUGAUUGAGCUGGCGAAAAAGAUGGAGAAGGGAAAGAAUAUCGUGCUGAAUCUGAGCGGUCGCGGCGACAAGGACGUACAGAGUGUGGCGGAUGCGCUGCCUGCGAUUGGACCCAAGAUCGGAUGGGACUUGAGGUUUUGA